AUGGCCUCCAACACCACGUACCCGGCUUUGCCGGAGAAACUGCUGCUUAUCUCGCUGAAGAUGUAUUUCACUCCGGACCGCACUCUCGAGUACCUGCGCGGGCUACUGGACCCCUCCAACGAGAUCGUCCGCCCCGAGAACCGCGAGCGACUCCUGCUGGCCCUGAUCCCGGAUUUCCUGACGAUAUGGCCGUGCGCAGAUAUUCUUCGGGACUACGAGAAGAAGCUUGCGACAGCCGGUACACCGACAUCGCCGCCGCCGUUCCUCCUCGGCGCGCAGGACUGUUUCUGGGAGGCGCAGGGCGCAUACACGGGGGAGGUGUCGCCGGCAUCGAUCCGGACGCUAGGCUGCUCGAUCGUCGAGCUAGGCCACGCAGAGCGCCGCGCGAUCUUUGGCGAGACCGACGACCAAACCGCGCGCAAGGCCGCCGCCACCUGUGCCCAGGGUAUGGUGCCGCUAGUGUGUGUCGGCGAGGUGACGGCACCCGGCGCCGUCGCCUCCGAGGCUGUCGGCCAAGCUGUUGCCGAGUGCGCCGUGCUCAUUCGCGCCGUGCUGGCUGCCAUCCCGGCUGACGCGCCUGUUAUCUUCGCCUAUGAGCCUGUCUGGGCCAUCGGCAAGCCUCAGCCCGCCGGUGUCGACCACGUCGCUGCCGUCGUUGAGGGCAUCCGCGCUGUAGUUGGCCCGCGCCCUGGCGCCGUGCGUGUUCUCUACGGUGGCAGCGCUGGCCCAGGACUCUGGGGAGCUGGCGGCUUGGGCCAGGCGGUCGACGGCAUGUUCCUGGGCCGGUUCGCGCACGAAGUCGGCGGCGUGCGCAAAGUUGUCCGCGAGGUGGAGGAGACGCUGGGCGUGGCGUGA